UGCGUUUUCAUUUAUCGUUUAAGGCCGGUUGUCGUCUGCACUGAGACGCUCUGAUUUGCCCUGAAAAGAACUUUCUCUCCUGUUUUUGUUUCUAAUUCUUUUUCCUUCUCUUCAGCUGGCCGCUGCAUCGCAAGAGUUGCCAAACUCCUUUAAUUCUCCCUGCGUCUCGUGUUUUCAGCACAGGAGAAACAGACGACUGUUGCUGAGGAGCUCUGGCUGGGCUUGUGUAUUGAUGUGUGCGUCUCUCCUCAGCUCUACCAAACCUCUGGAAGACAGAUGUCCCGUUUAGAGAGGCACGCUUGAGUUCUUCAAACGUUUAAAAGCGUCCUGCCCUGGAAUCAAGUAUGAAGAGUUUCACCAUCUGCCUGUUCCAGCUGACUGCAGGAUUACUUCUGCUCGGUCUGGUCAGUUCAGGUCUGGAGCUCAAUCCCAGCCAUCCAGAGGUCAUUUUGCCUACAAACUCCUCGUUCACUAUCACCUGCUCCGGCUGGUCCAACGUCACCUGGCGCUUCAAACGAGAGGAGAACGUUCCACAGUUCAACAUUAUCAACCAAAGUCCAACCUCGAGUGUUCUGAGCCUUGAGAACGUGACAUGGCAUCACACGGGUGUCUAUGUGUGUUCUGAGACUGGCACCAGUGAGACCAGAGAGGUGAUCGUCUUUGUGCCUGAUCCUGAGGUUUGGUUUCUUAAAAAUGAUCAUGAUAUGGUGACUAAGACUCACGAGGAGGGCACAAUACCAUGCCUGGUGACGGAUCCACGGAUAAAUGUCACACUGCUUGAAAGUAGCAGCAAAAUGCUGGUGGAAGGUUCGUACAAUCCCACCGUGGGCUACACUGCCGUCCUGGAGGACAGAACCUAUAAAUGCAGGGGAGAGCUGAACGGCGAGAAGAAAGAAUCCAAAUCCUUCUACGUCUACAGCAUCCUGGUCCCCGAGGUUCUGGACCCCUACAUCAACGCCUCCAAAACUGUGCUGAAACAGGGCGAGACGCUGAACGUCAACUGCACGGUUACCGGUGUGGAGCUGGUCUUCUUCUCCUGGGACUUUCCCAACAAAGAUAAGGGAAAAAUUGAGCCAUUGACCGAUGUUCUGUCCUCUUUGAGCAUGCGCUCCUGUCUCAACAUCACAGAUGUGACUCUGGCCAGCUCUGGAGAGUAUUUUUGUCAUGCACACGAGGGUGUGAUGGACCAGAAGGCUUCAGUCAGUAUCACCAUCACUGUACUGGAGAAAGGUUUCGUGGCCCUCACGUCUCAUCUGGACAGGAACGUCUCUGCAAAGCUCGGUGAAAAUGUUGAGCUUAAAGUGGAAAUAGAGGCAUAUCCCAAACCCACUGUUAAGUGGACUAAAGAUGGAGUCCUUAUUCGUGGACCAACCAUGAGACAGGAACAUGAGACUAGGUAUGUCAGCACGUUGACCCUGGUGAGGAUCCGACUGGAGCAGAUGGGUCUCUACACUGUCAGUGUCCAGAAUGAAGAUGACGUUAAAAAGAUGACCUUUGACCUCGAGGUGAAAGUUCCUCCUCAAAUAACUGAACUGUCUGAUCAUCAUCUGCCGGGAAAGAGACAUGCGGUCACCUGUGUAGCCGAGGGUGUGCCAUCACCCACCAUCCAGUGGUUCAGUUGUGACAGCAUGCCCAAAUGCAGUAACAAAAGUGCUGUAUGGAGCCCUCUAGUGGAAGAUCCAGAGACCGUCUCCAUCCAGACUAACAUCACCUACAACAGCACACGUAAGAUCCACCAGGCUCACAGUCAGUUGUCGCUCCUGCGGCCACAGCUGCUCACCAUCCGCUGUGAAGCCCGGAACGAGAGAGGAACCCGGGCCAGAGACAUCAGGCUGGUCAACAACACGUUGUUCUCACAGGUGGCUGUCCUGGCUGCUGUUCUGGCACUCGUGGUCAUCGUCAUCAUCUCCAUCAUCAUCCUCAUCGCUGUGUGGAGGAAGAAACCACGGUAUGAAAUCAGGUGGAAGGUGAUUGAAUCAGUCAGUUUGGACGGACAUGAGUACAUCUAUGUAGACCCAAUUCACUUACCGUAUGACCUGGCAUGGGAGAUGCCACGAGACAGUCUGGUGCUGGGUCGUACAUUGGGAUCUGGAGCAUUCGGGCGUGUUGUUGAGGCGACGGCAUACGGUCUUGGUCUCUCUCAGUCUGCCACUAAAGUGGCAGUAAAGAUGCUUAAAUCAACCGCACGGAGAAGUGAGACACAAGCUCUGAUGUCUGAACUGAAGAUCAUGAGCCAUCUUGGUCCUCACCUGAACAUUGUGAACUUGCUGGGCGCCUGCACCAAACAAGGUCCAUUGUACCUGGUAACCGAAUACUGUCGCUAUGGUGAUCUGGUGGAUUACCUGCACAGGAACAAGCACAGCUUCCUUCAGUACUACACAGACAAGAACCACAUCGCCAACGGCAACAGCACUCAGAUCUGUCAUGAUGCUGAUGUACCAACAGGGAAAGAAUAUGUAUCGUUUGGCAGCGAGUGUGAUGGAGGUUAUAUGGACAUGACUAAAGAUAUACAGACAGAAUAUGUUGCCAUGCAAGAGCUCACGGACACUAUCAAGUAUGCUGACAUUCAGCCGUCACCCUACGAGUCCCCUUACCAGCAGGACAUCUACCAGGAGCAAGGUCACAGAGUAGACCAGUCUCUGGCCAUCAGUGAUUCUCCAGUUCUGAGUUACAUUGAUCUUGUGGGUUUCAGUUAUCAGGUGGCAAAAGGCAUGGAGUUUCUCGCAGCAAAGAAUUGUGUCCAUCGGGAUCUGGCAGCCAGAAACGUUUUGAUCUGUGAAGGCAAACUGGCCAAGAUCUGUGACUUUGGCCUGGCCAGAGACAUCAUGCACGAUAACAACUACAUCUCCAAAGGCAGCACUUUUCUCCCACUGAAGUGGAUGGCACCAGAGAGCAUCUUUCAUAACUUGUACACCUCACUGAGUGACGUCUGGUCAUACGGCAUCUUACUGUGGGAGAUUUUCACUCUGGGUGGAACCCCGUAUCCAGACCUGCCGAUGAAUGAGUUAUUUUACAGCGCUCUGAAGCAAGGUUACCGUAUGGCCAAACCUUCAUACGCCUCAGAUGAAAUUUAUGAGAUCAUGAAGAAAUGUUGGGAUGAAAAGUUUGAGACACGACCAGAGUUCUCCUUUCUAGUGCACUCAAUGGGGAACCUUCUGUCGGAUGGAUAUAAAAAGAGAUACACUCAAGUCAACAACAACUUUCUGACAAGCGAUCACCCUGCCGUGGUUCGCGUGAAGUCCCCGAUUCCCACUGCACCGUUUCCAGAGACCCUCUCUGAGUUUUCUCCAAGACCUCAGCCCAUCCCAACUCCUCGUCCUCAGACCGAUGGAGGGGUCGCGGAGGCUCUGCACAACGAGUACAUCAUUCCCAUUCCGGACCCAAAGCCAGAGGAUGAAUCUGAGGAUGUGAUGGUGUUGGUGGAAAGCACCCUGAGUUUCAUGAGCUCUGAUGAGGAGACGGUCUCCAUGGAAACCCCAAGUACUGAACCCGAUCAGGAGCAACUGCUGCAAGAGCGUUCAGAAACCUCAGAUGUGGAAGAGAGUUUCCUUUGACUUUCUUGUGACAAUGAAGUAAAAUCUUGCAUUUUUAGCAAAUUAUUAGAAACGUUGUACAUCAAUAGCUGAAUUUAGCAUUAAAAUGUAUAAAACUACAGCAGAAAUCGAAGACUUCUUGAGAAUUUUGAUCACGUUUUUGUCGUUUUUUUAUCAUUUUUAAUAACUUGGUACAACUCUCAGUAUUAUAGACUAAAGCAAACCUACAAGCAGUUCAUCUUUUAGCUAUAUAUGUUUUUAUGUGCUUUUAAAUGCCAUUUAAAAUGUUUUUUUUUACUUCAAUCUGUAAAUCUGCUCAGAUCUUGACGAAGAUUAUUAAUUUUUGUUUUAAUGUGUUAUAAUGCAUUCACUGCUAUUUUGAAUAAUUUUAAAUAUCACUACAUGCAGACAACUUCAGAUUUUUUGAUUUUAUAUCUUUGGAUAUAUAUCUUUUACAUCUGAAUUUUUUUUUUUUUUUUUUGAGAUUCUUGUAGCAAAAUUGCACUUUAACGUCUAUGGGUAAUUGAAGAAAAUAUAUGAAACACAAGCUAAAGUAAUUAUAUGUAAUUUUAAUUUGGUUUCACCUAUUUUACAUAAACCUGUUUUAAAGGGAACGGUCAAAGAACAGUAAUGGAUUGAUUUUGUAUGAGAUUGAUGAGUCAGCUGUUAUCUUUUCUGUUCCUGUGCCAAGCUGUACAAUAUGUUCCUCAUAAGUCUAAAAUCUAAAUGAUGAUGAAUUUAAGGUACAUUACGAUACAUUCUUUAGUGUUUUUCAUCUAAAUCGCCUUAUUUUAAACUUUUAAACUCAAUUUUUUUCAUUGAAAUUGAUCAGAUCUGUUAUUGUCACUUUACAUUAUCAAAUUCUAGUGAAGCAACCUCCAAAUUACUUCAUGAUAGAUACAAAUACCCAUACACAAAUCUGUACAUACAUUUUAUACACAAAACACUAUACUUUACUGUACAAUAUACAAAAUACACAACAUACCAUUCAACUCGGCACACAAAACAAUACAAUAGAACACAAGGCAACAAAUGAACAUUAUAGCCUGGUUUAACAGACAAGGCUUCAUAUUAACAUGCAUUUAAAAAAGACGUUACUGGUAUGUAUCUUGAGACCAAUCAAUAGCACUGGUAGAUUUUAAGAUAUGUCAGUAAAAGUUAUUUUCAGUUGAGGCAUCUCAAACAUGUGUUUAAUGCUGCGUUCACACCAGCCGCGAUAGAGGCGUCAAGCGCGAGUGAUUUCAAUGUUAAGUGGAUGUUAACAUGCGUUGACGCAUGUCUGGAUGUUUCGCUGGCGAAUGAGCCGUUUAGCGCAGCGCAAAUGGCACGAAUUGAGCGUUGCCAUGGGAAACCGCAAGUUGAAAAAUUUUAACUUUGGCGGAAAAACACGCCGCGUUAACCAAUCAGGAACUUGCUCUAGUAGUGAUGUGAUUACAAGAAGUGAGCGAAGUCGCAGAAGCCCAUCCCAUGACGCGGAUCUCCUCUCCGAAUGUCUUGAUGAUUAAAAUUUCACGUGCGACUUUCAGGCGGGAAUGAAGCGAAUACACUCAAAAUGUUCAAGCGUCCAACUACGCGCGGUAGACGCGAAUUCGACGUCUCAAACGCGUCUGGUGUGAACCCAACAUUAGUCUAGGAGUAGCUUACAGGGACACUCCACUUUAUUUGAAAAAAGGCUUGUUUUCAAGCUCCCCUAGAGUUAAACAAUUGAGUUUUACUGUUUUGGAAUCCAUUCAGCUGAUCUCCGGGUUUCGGGGUACCCCUUUUAACAUAGCUUAGCAUAAUCCAUUGAAUCUGAUUAGACCAUUAGCAUGGCGAAAUGAUAUUAUUUAGUGCCCAAAAAUAGUCCCAAGCUACUGAAAGUUACCAAGGGGAGGUUUUUAGAGUGCUGCGUAAUAUAAUUUCGCCUGCUGCACACAUGUUACGGCAGCAAAGUCCUUGAUUAUUAUGCCAGAAUAAGAGUAUAGUUCCUAGCCAUAUCGGCCUAUAAAAUCUCAACUUUUUAAUUUUCUGUCGGUCUUAGUACACAAUAGUUUUAAAUAAGAAAAAUAUCAAAACUCUUUGGUCAUUUUUGAGCAAGAUGCUAAUGGUUUUAUCAGAUUCAAUGGAUUAUGCUAAGCUAUAUUAAAAGUGGUACCGCCAGACCCGGAGAUCGGCUGAAUAGAUUCCAAAACGCUUAAAUUGAAAUGUUUAACUCUGGUGAAGCUGAAAAAUGAGCAUAUUUUCAAAAAAAGUGGAGUUUCCCUUUAAGCCUUGUCUGUUAAACCAGGGGUUCACUUCUCAUUGGUUUUAAAUGGUACAGUAAAAGCCCACACUUUUUGAUGUUUUUUUUUUAUCGUAUCAUAUCAAAAAUAAAUUCAUCCUCCUUCUGUCAGUUAAAAAUCCUUAAGCACAAAGUUACAGUAGUAACGUAAAGUCGUAUUUUCUUGCAAAAACAAGGGCUUAAUAUUCCUGACUUUAACACUAGACAUUUCUAUGUAUGCACAAGACUUUAAUAAAUUGCACAAUUCACUACAAGUAUAAUAAUGAAGUUACACACUCUAAGGUACCAAAGCUUUAUGUAUGUUUACAAGUAUAUUUUUGUAUAGAUCUUUUGUACAUUGUUGUUUUACACAUUCUAUGUUCUGUAUAAUAAACUAAGAACGGUAAAAAAAUA